AAUAAAAAAAAAAGAUUUCAUUUGCCGUUAAAAGCCUGGCUGCAGCUCCUCAGUUCAAUUCAUUCUCCACAAAUCAGUCGCUUUUCUCCUCUAAAGCCAACUCCAUUAUGGCCAAGAAAUUCGUUCAAUAUUCAGUUGUGGAUGCGUUCACGGAUUCACCUUUCAACGGCAACCCAGCUGCGGUUUGUUUGUUGGACGAAGAACGAAGCGACGACUGGUUACAAUCUGUAGCUCUCGAGUUCAAUAUCUCUGAAACCUGUUACUUGACUCGCCUUACUCACUCCGACUCCGACUCUGAUCACUCACCUCCCAGAUUUCGACUCAGAUGGUUCACUCCGGUCGCCGAGGUCGAACUUUGUGGUCAUGCAACUUUGGCAGCUGCCCACACUCUCUUUUCGAGAGGUUUGGUCAAAUCUAACGUGAUUGAAUUUGAAACUCUUUCUGGAAUUCUCACUGCCAAAAAGGUUCCGGAUUUGAAGGCAACCGGUGUCUCUAAUUCACAGAAUGGUGAAGCACUAGAGUGCUAUUUUAUUGAGUUGAAUUUUCCUACUGUUCCAACUGCUGACUUCAACUCUACUGAGGUUGAUUCAAUUUAUAAGGCCUUGAGUGUUUCUACAAUUAUUGAUAUGAAGAUAACAACUACCUCAGAAGAAAUCUUUGUGGUUCUUCCAUCAGCGAAAUCUGUAGUGGAAUUAGAGCCUCAGUUCGAUGACAUACAGAAGUGUCCUGGAACAGGAAUAAUUGUUUCAGGGCAAGCGCCAUCAGAAUCCGGAUUUGAUUUUUACAGCAGAUUCUUCUACCCAAAAGUUGGCAUCAAUGAGGAUCCUGUUUCCGGAAGUGCACAUUGUGCUUUGGCACCUUACUGGAGUCGAAAGCUGGGGAAGAAUGACUUGGUGGCAUAUGCGGCAUCGCCUAGAAGCGGCAUCAUGAACAUACAUGUAGACGAGAAGAGUCAGAGAGUUCUGCUACGAGGGAAAGCUGUCACCGUGAUGGAGGGCUCUCUGUUAGCUUAGAAUUUAAGAAAUUUCUGCAAUGGCCUGUAUCAAAUUCAAUAAAUGGAAACAACUAAGUAGAUGGAUGUUUACCAUUUUCUUAGCUCUGCUUCCCUCUUUAUCAUCUUGUUAUAACCUUGAUGAAAUGGAAGUGAUAAUUAAAUUCAGCGUGUGAAAA